GCAUGCCUAACCUUCCUCUCAGUGUGGAAUCUGGGGAAAUUCCGGGGUCUUCCCCUCCGGGCCUUCUCGGAAGAGAAUUCAUCACGGCCUUCAUGCAGAACGGCUUACAACAAACAUUCAACAGCGACUUCCGGCUACUCAUCACCGCCUAUGCCCCGGCCACAUCGAUCACCAUCUCCAUGAAGAAGCCGGCGCUCAGGGUGCCGGUCCAGGUGAAUGCCGGUCAGACCGCAACGGUGAUAAUCCCACCCAACGCUGAGAUGGUAGGGGCCAAAAUCUUUGACAACACAGUCGUUGUCCGGGCUGACAAUGAUGUCUCUGUCCUCUCUCUCAACUCCAAACCCAACUCAGCCGACACCACCCCUGUCUACCCGGUGCAGAGAUUGGGAACGGAGUAUUAUGUUGUCACGCCGACCAUGGGUACGGAUCGCUAUGGAGAGGUUGCCAUUGUGGCCUGGGAGGGCCCCACUACAGUUGAUGUGCACCUGAAAGGGGCUGUCAUUUUCCAAGGAAAGACGCACCUCGGAGGGAGCAGGCUUACCAUCAAGCUGGAGGCAAACCAGGCUGUCCAGCUGCAGAGCCCAAUGGACAUAUCUGGCACCAAAAUCAUUUCCCAGAAGCCUGUGGCUGUCUAUGUUGGACACACUUGCGUGACAAGAUUCAACCAGUGUGACCACGUGUCCGAGCAGCUCCUGCCUGUCUCCAGCUGGGGGACCACCUUCAUCGUGCCCCCGUUGCCCUUUGAGAUGCAGGGUGAUAUCGUCUACGUCUCCACCUCCCAAGCAACUGAGGUGGAAGUUCAAGUUGGGAUGAGCAAGAGGAGCACGGGGCUGCUAGCUGGAAAUGCUGUGCAGUACAGAAUCCCUAGCUCCAAUGCCUUGUUCUUCUCCGCUAGCGCUGGGAUCCAAGUCAUCUUCUUCUGCGAUGGUGGGACCAAAGGAAACAUCAGAUACGACCCAUUCUUCAUGGCCAUCCCAGCCGUCUCAAGCUACUGCCAGUCCUAUAACAUCUACGGGCACGACGAGUUUGAGAACUACGCACUGAUCAUUGCCAAGACAUCGGAGUCCGCGGGGGUCACUGUUGAUAGGAGACCACUGCACAAUGUCCUGUGGAGGCCAGUUCCAGGCACAGAAUACUCUUGGGCUGAAUACAGCCUUGGCAAAGGGUUCCAGGUCCAUAACGUGGAGCACGCCAGCUCCCCCUUCGGCCUGCUGAGCGUUGGGAUCGGAAACCAGAAGGCGUACGGCUCCCCAGCCAUUUGUGCCAGCGAUCCAUGCAGAACACUGAAUUGCCGGGAGAAGGAAAGAUGCAGGAUUAAGAAUGGCCAGGCAAUAUGCUUCCAUGAAUAUAUGGGAACCUGCAAUGUAUCCCUUACCUCCCAGUACUACACCUUUGAUGGUCUGACCAUGGACGUCCAAGACACCUGCACCUAUACCAUCGCCAAGUACUGUGGUCAUGACCCCACCCUGGAGCACUUCACCAUUGAGGAGAAGAAUAGCAACAUGGGGAAACAGGACAGUUCCAACCUUGGGUUGACCACCAUCCACGUCUAUGGCUACAACAUCUCCAUCUACAAGGGACAGGGUGGAGAAAUCAGG